CAGAGCACUGUUGACAUCAGAAGCCUUAAUCUCCGCCCCGUUACUCCUCUCGAUCUCUUUCUUCCAAUACAAAAAAAGUUAGGCAGUGAGCUGGGAAGCUUUGAAUGAAGCGUUGCACGAGAGGAAAGAGAAGGACGUCUUCGCUCCCCCAAAAAUUUAAGUAAAGGAAGGAGAAGAAAGAAGUCGCAAAAGGGCGGCUGGGCACUCAGGAAGCUGGGACGUGAAAAUGCUGCGUGCAAAGUCUUGGAUCUUGAAGAAGCACUUUGAGGGCUUUCCUAAGCGUAGUGAUUUUCAACUCAAAGAGGUAGAACUAGCAACGCUGAAGGAUGGAGAGGUGCUGCUCGAAACAGUGUUGCUCAGUGUUGAUCCCUAUAUGAGACCCUACAGUAAGGUCAUUAUGAAGGAAGGGGAUACAAUGAUAGGAUACCAAGUUGCAAAGGUUCUAGAAAGCAAGAACCCCACAUACCCAGCAGGGGUCUUUGUUAUAUCUGCUGCAGGCUGGACCACUCAUUCCAUUUCCACAGGGAAAGGCCUGUCAUUGAUGCUGCCUAGCUGGCCAGAAAAGCUUUCCAGAUCUCUGGCUCUUGGAACCAUUGGCAUGCCUGGGCUUACUGCCUAUUUCGGCCUAUCUGAGAUCUGUCGGCUGAAACCAGGAGAGACUAUCCUGAUUAAUGCAGCAGCUGGUGCUGUGGGCAGUGUGGCGGGGCAAAUUGCUAAAAUAAAGGGUUGCAAAGUGGUUGGCUGUGCAGGUUCUGACAAGAAAGUGGCCUUCCUAAAAGAACUUGGCUUUGAUGAAGCCUUUAACUAUAAGACAGUGGGAUCGCUGGAAGAGGCUCUGAAAAACGCUUCCCCUGAUGGCUAUGACUGCUACUUUGACAAUGUGGGAGGUGAAUUUACCAGUGUUGUUCUGGAGCAAAUGAAGAAAUUUGGAAGAAUUGCUGUAUGUGGUGCUAUCUCAUUGUACAACGACACAGUGCCCCAGAAAGGGUCUUAUGUCCAAUGGCCUAUGAUCGCAAAAGAAUUGUGCAUGGAAGGGUUCUUAGUCACACGCUGGGACAACAGGAAGGAAGAAGGUUUGAAAGCACUGCUGGAAUGGGUUGAACAGGGAAAAAUUAAGUGUCCUGAACAUGUCACAGAAGGGUUUGAAAAUAUGCCAGCAGCGUUCAUGGGAAUGCUCAAAGGAGAAAACAUUGGGAAGGCAAUAGUCAAAGUGUGAUGGGCACAUGAUUCCUUCUAGCAAGAAAUCCAGCACAAUAAAUGCCUUCUGCAUACUUUC